GUUAUAACGAAAGGCUAUACAAUGAGCGAUUUUAUAGUAUUUUUUAUAAUAAUAAUAAUAACUCGUAAAUGUAAUAAUUUUGAAAAAAAAUUUACGAUUUUUAAUCUAUGUGUCACGUGAUUAAAAAAUCAAAUCACAUUGCGUGACGUCAUAAGUAAACAUAAUAUGGCCGCAACCAGAAAUGUCAUUCCUGUUAUGUCAUCUUAUGUGACAAUUGACAUAAGUGACAUGUUUUUUGUAGUAUAAUAUUAAAACCAGAAUUAAUUAAAACCGUAUAUAGAGUAAGAGAGAUAAAAUCUGAUUAAAACACGCUAUAUUCGCUGUCAAAAAGCAUAAUAUAUUCUACACAAUUAUGGAAGCUGGGUACUUGAAAGCCGAUAGUGCAAAUUUACCUAAUAUCGAUGCCUUCAUGGUGGCAAGCUUUUUCGGAUCAAGCUCAGAUUAUAAUGCAUCAGAAUUUCGAAACGUCAAGACCUCUGCAUCGUCGCGGCAAUCAUAUGGUGAUGAUGCGAUUGGAUAUGUACAACUACGACGAGAUUCUAAUAUUUGUACAGUGAAAUGCAAAGUUUGUCCAGAACAUCGACUGCGAUCUAAAUCUUAUGCUGCAACAAUGGUGGUGGAUGAGGAGGAAGGCAAAAUAGUAAGUGUACAGUGUCACGAUUGUGCGGCAUCUCAAGGUGGAUGUAAACAUGCGGUUGCCUUCCUGAUGUGGGUGUACAGAAGAAGUGAGGAACCAUCUUCUACGUCAGUUGAUUGUUAUUGGAAGAAACCAACAUUGGCACAUGUUGGCACUACAUUGAAAUUUAUGACAAGCAAAAGAACUUUCGAAGACAGCUCCUAUUUGCUCACUGAACAUUUCACCCAAUUUGUUGUUAACAGAAUUUGUACAAGAAGCUCAAAAUAGGAAUAUUAAUUCCUGCCUAAUUUUAAAACAUCAAACAGAUUACAAAAUACCAGAUUUGAAAAAGCUAUCUUUGCAUUAUUUAAUUUGUACAUAUGGUGAUAGCGACUGUAAUCGUUUUUUAAGUAAAAUAUCGCAUGUAUUUACUCAAUCAAAUAUAGACAAACUUGAGGAAAAAACACGAGGUCAACAUCUAAGUGAUUUAUGGCAUGAAAUGAGGUAUGGGAGAGUUACUGGAUCAAUUGCAUUCAGUGCCAGCCGAUGUAAAACUGAAGACGGGUCGCUAAUAGCGACCAUUAUGGAGCUAGGAUACCUGAAAGCGAAAGCCAUGAAAAGAGGAUGUGUUUUAGAAGAAGAAGUGAAAAAAUGUGUGUCACAACAACUUGGUAAGAAAAUAAAACAAUGUGGCUUAAUUAUAUCACAACAAUAUCCAUAUAUUGCUGCAAGUCCUGAUGGUAUCUGUGAUAACACUAUAGUUGUUGAGAUUAAAUGUCCAACAACUGAAAAACUUUUAAAAAUUAUAUAAGGACAAUAAUAUUACAGACAAAUUUAUGACACAAAUCCAACUACAAAUGUUUGUAUCAAUUUAAAAAAUGUUACUUUUGUGUGGCCGACUGGAAGUUUGAGACCAGUGGAAUAGUCCACAUAAUAUCUAUUGAUUAUAAUCCACAAUUGGUAAAAAAAAUUAUCCAGGAUUUAACAUUGUUUUGGAUAAAGAAUGUGUAUAGUUUGUUAUAUGAAAAUUCAAAAUAAAUAAAACAGAUGUGAAUUGAAA